AUGCUGCCGCACCGGUGCCCUGCCACCCCUCCUGAAGCCGAAUGUUUCAACAGCAUCCGCCCCGGACACCCAGCUGUUGAUUGGAAGGAGUACGCCAGUGGUAAGCGGAAGUAUGAGAGCCUGAUGCAUCAUACUGCGCUGGAUUCUGCUGCUGCGCAGCGGUUCGGACAGCCUCGCCGUCGGCUAGAAGGCGACCAGCGCAAUACCUGUGAGCAGUGUCACCAGCGACAGGGCCCAUUCCGGUCUUCACUCGUCAGAUGUGUGUGGUAUCAAGGUCGGAGAGUCUUUGUCGUUGAAUAUGAUGGCUCGAGUGAUGAAGUGGAGGCUGAACAAGCGGGUGGCGAGCUUCGACACCCUGCCAUCUAA